CGGCGGGGCGGCGGCGGCGGCGGCGCUGAGGCUGGGCAAGAAGAGGCCAGGCGGGGGCGGUGGAACAGGUGCGGGCAGGGCGGCCUCGCCGUCCGCCGGUCCCGCUCACCCGCGUCGGCGCCCGCAGGUCGGUUGGAGGCCUCCGCCGCCGGGCUCCGCGGCGCAGUGGGCAUGCGGGCGAGGCCCGCGCGCGCGUGAGCGACGAUGGGGACGCAGGGCAGCCCGGUCAAGAGCUACGACUACCUGCUUAAGUUCCUGCUGGUGGGCGACAGCGACGUGGGCAAGGGUGAGAUCCUGGAGAGCCUGCAGGACGGCGCGGCCGAGUCCCCGUACGCCUACAGUAAUGGGAUCGACUACAAGACCACCACCAUCCUGCUGGACGGCCGGCGGGUCAAACUGGAACUCUGGGACACAUCGGGCCAGGGCAGGUUCUGCACCAUCUUCAGGUCCUACUCCAGGGGCGCACAGGGGAUCCUUCUGGUGUAUGACAUCACCAACCGCUGGUCCUUCGACGGCAUUGACCGGUGGAUCAAGGAGAUCGAUGAGCACGCUCCCGGGGUCCCCCGGAUCCUGGUUGGGAACCGGCUGCACCUGGCCUUCAAGCGGCAAGUCCCGACAGAGCAGGCGCGUGCCUACGCGGAGAAGAACUGCAUGACCUUCUUCGAGGUCAGCCCACUGUGCAACUUCAAUGUCAUCGAGUCCUUCACCGAACUGUCCCGCAUCGUCCUUAUGCGGCACGGCAUGGAGAAGAUCUGGAGGCCCAACCGAGUGUUCAGUCUGCAGGACCUCUGCUGCCGGGCCAUCGUUUCCUGCACCCCCGUGCACCUCAUCGACAAGCUCCCGCUUCCUGUCACCAUCAAGAGCCACCUCAAGUCCUUCUCGAUGGCCAAUGGCAUGAACGCUGUUAUGAUGCACGGGCGCUCCUACUCACUGGCUAGUGGAGCAGGGGGCGGCGGCAGCAAGGGCAACAGCCUCAAGCGGUCCAAGUCCAUCCGACCACCCCAGAGCCCACCCCAGAACUGCUCGCGGAGCAACUGCAAGAUCUCCUAGCUCGGCAGGCUGUGCCCCAUCCAGAUGCACUCUGGGAGGGCUCACGCUUGGGGAGUGCUCCCAGCCGGGCGCUGGGCCCAGCGCUGUGUGCAGGGAAAACUUUGGCCACACAGUCCCUCCUGGGAAGCGUGGGGAUGCCCCUAGUAGGCUGGUGGUCUCAGCCAGACCAGCUCCACAGGACAGUGGAGGGCCAUGCUGCUGGGAUGGUGGCGGAUCACGCCCAGGACCCCGAGGUGUGGCUGAGAAGACCCCCGGAGGUGGCUCUGCCUGGCCCCAGCCUUGAGGGGGCUGUCCCUAGGGACUGGGAGACCAGGUUCCCUUUCUUAUUUAUGUAAAAGAUGGUUCACCCCUUUUGUACAUUUUUAAAGGACCAGCAGGGAAGCCUCCGUGCAACCACGCGGUGAGCCCAUGACAGCUGAGGGGACGAGCUUUGGGACAUUGGGAGAGAGGAAGUGUUUGAGGCAAAGAUGGGAAAGAAUCCACCAUCAAGGCUUGAAUCUGAAUUCACGUAACACUUCACAUGGGGCUAUGGGCUGUGUGGGGGCCAGUGGAGAACAUGUGGAAGCUUUGGGCAGCAAUCUUGGACUCCCCAGCUACAUGCAUCGGCCUUUCUGAGCAUGGUGGUCAGUGUGCCCGCCAUGUGCUGAGGGUGUGGGCCCCAGUAGUCUGCGUGGUGGAGCGGCCAUUUCCAGGGCUCCCGCCAGCCUUCCUGGAUGACAUCCGUGUGUGUCAUGGAGCUACGGGUUCAGAGCCAGGGGCAACUCGCAGGUUCCCACGUUGCUUGGAAAAGGGGAAGCGGGGUGCACCCCCCACGUCCCUCCCCAGCUCCCUCUCUCCCCGCGUGGGGGCCAUCAACCUUCCUUCUGUGAUUCUGCACCUUCGGUUCCGUUUACAUCUGUUGCUGCAUGAAACUGUAGACAGUGCUCACUGGGGCCACCAGGCCCUGGGCAAGUCUGGACUGAGCCUGCCCCACUUGCCUCCUGGGGUGUCUAGACCCUUCUCUGGCCAGCUUCUGUCUUCUGACCUUGGGUGUGAUUCCAUAGCUGCUCCUCACCCAGUUUCACCCCUCUGUGAGAUCACACGUCACCAAAACCUUUCUCACCCGUUUCUUAGUGGUGGACGCUGAGUCCCUCUUCGAGGACCCACCAGCCAGCCUGAGCUGGAGGCCUGGCCUUCCGUCCACCUGGCUGGUGACGUGGCCACAGGUCACACUGGUGCUCAACUCUACCUCCUGCCCACGGGCCCCUCCCUGGCCUGUGACCCCCUUGCUCGGGACUGUUCUGUGGUGGGUGCCCUGAGGGCUGCUGUUAUGGGAGGUGAGGUGGGGAGGGGCUGCAGCGCCUGUGAGCAGGAUCCUGGCUGAGGCCUGGCUGCCAGCAGGGUUGGGUGGGCAGAGGAGGCCCCACCUAUCCUGUCCUGCCAGCAGGAGCCCCUUUUUUGGACAUUGUUUUGAGGAAACGGAUGAUCCUGCAUUCACCAUAUCAACACUACCCUUUGCUGCUGUCCACACUUGCACUAUUCCUGGGCUCGUUUUGGACAGUUUUAGUUUCUUUGUACAGUAAACAUAAUUCAGCUCUGGC